AUGGCCGUCGAACGCAAAAGCCUGCAGCUUACCAUUAAAAUAAACAAACUAUUCAGAUCGAUCAAUCUCAAGCCCCAUUUUGCAAUGGUAAUCCGAUGUGUACAGGAUGGAAGAUCGGAAUUAUUCAUCGAACUGGGUUGGUUGCGCGUUUAUUUUGCUCUCAGUGUCUGGAACAUGUUCUUUAAGUGCUUCGUGAUUUUAGUGGGCGGUUUUCAACAAGCCAGUGCUCUGAAAGUGUGUUUGGAUUGCUUGCAGGACAUUCCGGCCAAUGGAUGCGUUAUUGAGUCUUCCUACCCGGCAAUCGGUUCUUGUUUGCACUCUUUUGAUUUGGAGGCCGCACAACCAAACUCUCUGCAGGCUCCAAAUCUGGUUUGCCGGGAGGAGAGUUCGAUGACGUUCAGCUGGCAGAAUUCUAGUGGUCUGUAUUAUUUCCUCCAGUAUCUGCAAGCAUCCAACCAGGCGAUGCUCACAAACCUGACCAACCGCAAUACUCAAACAAUAUACAACCUAAUUCCCCAUCAGGAGGUGCUAGUAAGCCUCUAUGCAGCCGCCCCCAGCAAGGAGUUGUGGCAGAAAAGCCCCCCAGUGGAAGUGCGACCUUUGGAGACCCUCAAGCGCACGCCCGUCCAAAAUUUGAACGUUUCACUCAAUUACACUGGGCAAGGAUACAACGCCCUCAUUUCCUGGAAGCCUGGAUCAGACAUGUCGUGCUACUACGAAAUGGUGUGGUAUGGAAAGAGGCAACCGGGGGAUUUCAGCCAGCGCAGGCUGAGCUUGAAGCAGGCGCUGGAGCCGCAGUUUCUGCUGCCCGACUUGGAAUUGGGGCGGCAGUACCAUUAUUCUAUUGCUUCAACCGAUGGAAGUGGCCGCUUGGAGAGUCCAAAGCGCUACCUAAAGAUUUCAGUGCCCAGUUGCUUGCAGACUUUUAGAAAUUUGUCUGUUUGUGCCCCGAGUAAACCGAGCAACUUCACAGCGCUGAACUUGCCAGCCUCCGGGCUCCAGUUGAGCUGGGCCAGACCCUCAUUGCUUCCCCUCUUCUACAGCAUUGAUUUCUCUUCGCGGUCUUCCACAGCAUCUGUAAAUUCUUCUGGGGAAGCCACCAGUUUAACAUUGAGAAACGUCUCACUUGGAGACCAGGACCUUAUCAAACUGGUGGCCCAUUCCAGGGCUGGGGCCAGUCCGCCUGCCUACACCCGGGGCCUUGCCCCAAUUAGCAACAAUUAUUCCAGCAUGGAGAAAGAGUCUGGGGGGCUCCUGAUGUGGAGCCUAAUGGCAUGUGGGGUAGCCCUAGUUGGGGUGCUGGUGAUCUGGAGGGUUCUAGCGAGACGCAUGCCGUUUGAAGAAGGCACGAGCGAACCAGCGGUAAGAUACACCACCACUGAAGCAGAAGACUCCAAGUGGGAGUUGGUGGAGUCGAAGCUGUUGGUUGACCGGGUGAUUGGGUGCGGGGCCUUCGGUAUCGUCCAGAAGGGCUUCUACUACUUGGAACCCAACAAGAAAACCCCCGUAGCCAUCAAGACUUUGAAAGUUCGGCCCACUCCUGAGCAGCUGGCUCAGUUCUACGAUGAAAUAGACAUUAUGAAAUCAGUGCCGUAUCACACCAACAUUGUGUUCCUGUUUGGGGUGGUGACCAAACACCGUCCAAGCAACCCUCUGAUGCUGGUGGAGUAUUGCGCCAAGGGUGACCUGCAUACUUACCUGAAAAAUGUGGCUUUUGUCCUGCAGAGCAACUCACCUGCAGAGCAGGAAAAAUGCGCGGAUCAGUUCUUCAACAAGUGCUAUGACCUGGACCUGUCCGGAAAGGAGAAUCUUUUUAUCCUGGAAGCAAAGGACUUGCUGUCGUUUGCCAGGCAGAUUGCCGUGGGCAUGGUGAGCGGAAGGUUCCCAAAACCCAGAAACCCUGCAGUUUUCUUGCAGGAGUUCCUGUCCAACCUCAAGAUGAUCCAUCGGGAUCUGGCCGCCCGCAACGUGCUGAUCAGUGAAAACAACAUUCUGAAAAUCUCCGACUUUGGGCUGAGUAGGGAUAUCUACACGGACAACGUCUACCGAAAAGUCACUGGAGGAAAACUGCCGUUCAAGUGGAUGGCUUUGGAGUCGCUCACACAUCAGGUCUACACCACUGAAAGCGAUGUGUGGUCUUUUGGAAUCGUGUUAUGGGAAAUCAUCACUUUAGGCGAGAAUCCUUAUCCGGUUGUUAAUACUGAGGAUCUGGUGGCGCUGCUGAAGGAAGGCUACCGGAUGGAGUGCCCCAUUAACUGCAGCCAGGAAUUGCAAGUAAGCAGGAAAUCAACUUCAACCAAUGAGGGCGAAUGUUUCAGGUACAACACGAUGCUGGACUGCUGGGAAAGUUCCCCCAAUCUGAGACCUUCAUUCAGGCAGCUGAGGGAGACUUUCGACCGGCUGUUGGAGUCGGAGGUUCAGUACAUUAACCUGAAAGGGGCUUGGAAUCUGGAAUGGAAGCGUUAUGAGAAUGUUGAUCCGGAUUUGAGGGCCAAUCUGGAUGGCUCCAAUAGUUAUAUGGAGGCGGAUGUUGUGGUGAAGGAAGUUACCUAAAAUCUGCUGGAGGUUCGUGUCAUUCUAAGGCCACGCAGUAGUAAAACGAGGUUCUUUAGCAAAAAAAUGUGUUUUUUUGAACAAGGUCACUUCUGCUGCAUUCUUAUUAGCCGGCAGUUUUAGACCCGCCUGUAGAAAAAAAUUGCAUUCGAAAAU